AUUUAAUACAGGAACGGGAAGAACUAAGCCAUAGUAGCCGACAGUUUCGUAUUUCGUUAGUUAGAUUAUCAUUGCUUCAAAGAGUUACAUCCCAUUCUUGAGUGUUUUACAGAAAUCUCUGCUACUGUGAAGGGCAAUGACAAAUUUAAUUACUGAAGUCACAGAAUUAGCUAAGGAAUAUCAGGUGGCGCUGAUUAAUUUAAUGAAGAUAGGAACUGUCUUUAGCGGGGAAGCCAUUUUUAAUGAAGUUUUCUUUGAAUGUCCCUGUAAUCAAAAAGAAGCCAAGAUGUAUGCUAUCAUGCUUAUUCUAGGACCAGCUGCAGCCAUGUUUUUCAUCGCUCUUCUGAUAAACAAAAUGUCGUUUCGCAUGGCCUACGGUUAUUGUAAGCGCUCUGAAGAAUUACAGUUCGAAUGUCAAACAUGCUGUUACUACUUUGUUGUUAUCAUAAUUAAAGCUUUGGUUGGUCCUGCUGCGUGGAUUUUUGGGACUCUUCUAGAUGGAAGAUACUACCCGUGCAUAAGGUUAGAACAACCUUGUAACAGAACCAGUGAAGAAUUUAAGGAGUAUCGAGGUCAUUCUCAGUUUCUUGCCAUUGUAAUGCUGUGUGUAACGGUGGCCGUUAUCUAUUGCGUAUUCAUGUGCCGUGCUUGUUGCUGUGGGUACAGUUAUAACUACAGACGACUCAUGGAAAUAUAUCAAGAAGCUGAAGAAACAGCUUUUGAGGAUAAAUUGAAUGAAACAGCAAAACAGAAAGCUGAGAGAAAUGUCAAUUCAUUCCUGAAUGAGCAUCCAACGAAGAGAGACUGGGAAAUGAUAGCUAGAGCUCCUCCUCUCAAUUGCACUUUAUCAGAAGCAGCCAAUGAACCAUUAUCACACCUUGACAACCUGAUUAAACAGAAAUAUGAAGCUCGUCGAUAGAUCUGAAUGAUCAAUAUGAAUGGGAACAAAGUAUACAAUGAUCAUUUUGUUACUGAAAUACGUUUAUUUGAAUUUUUUUUUCUAACUGUAUCUUUUCUGCCAGUUUCUAGAAGAAGAUAACUUGUACUUUAUGUUAGAGGUAUCUUAACUCUGUUUUGCUGUAGAUAUAUUUCUUUUUUCCUGAAACUUUAUUUGUGGAUGAAUCUAAAGUUUUGUAAUAACGAUGACUCGUGGCUUUAAUGUAAAUUUGUACUUUACAUUAAAUAAACUAGAUUGUAAUUUUUCAUGGA